AUGCGGUUAGUGCUUGGAAUGUGUUUGCAAGAGACAUUAAGAACUGAAAAAGAAGUAUGGUCUUGGACUAAAAAUGAUUUAAGAGUUAUCACCAUUAAAAAAUAUAACAUUAUGUUAGCAACAACAAUUAAAAUAAUCAGUUUUUUGGCCACUUUGCCCGCGGCUUAUUAUUGUAGCAGUGAACUUUCUGAAAAAGAAUAUUUCCUAGAGGUAAAAAUUGCUAAAGAAGCAUAUGAAAAAACCCAAUCAAAGCCUCGUUUUUUUACUGGUAUUCAAACCACUGGCACCCUGACCCUAGGAAAUUACUUUGGGGCAAUCCAUCCCAUUUUAAAAAUCCAAGAUGAUUAUGAGAUAAUUAUCAUGAUUGCUGAUUUACAUGCUCUAACUGUGCUUAGAAAGGACAUUAAUUAUCAAAGACAAGGUCAAGAAAUCGCUGCUCUUUUGUACGCCUGUGGACUAAAAGAAGAAAAUUCACCUUUUACCACAGUCAGCGAAUUGAAUAACAUGAUUCAAUACAAGGAAAAGAAAAAAAGUUCAGAAACCGGCAAUUUAGCUUUAUUAUCUUAUCCCGUCUUAAUGGCGGCAGAUAUUUUUCUUUAUGAUGCUGAUUUAGUGAUUGUCGGCCAAGACCAAAAGCAACAUUUAGAAUUAGCAACCAAUAUCGCCCAAAAAUUCAACAAUUUUUACGACCAAAAAGAUUUGCUAAAAGUUCCGCAAUUUACUAUUCCUCGCUUCGGAGCCAAAAUAAUGGACUUGAAGAAUCCGACCAAAAAAAUGUCAAAAAGUGAACAAAAUUUUAUCGCUCUAUUAGAUGGUUCAGAAGAGAAUGAGAAGAUGACCCUGAUGCUUGGAGCGGUCGGCGAAGAGCAAACCACACCUUCUCCGGAAGCUUAUGAUAUAACUGACCCACUCUUAAAAGAAAUUGGCAAAGAAGCUUUAAAAAUCUACUAUCCCUCUUUUGCCGCCCUGCAACACCGCCCCUUACCUGUGAACUUGGCAGAAUUGGACUGCGAUAGCUUUAAUUUUAUUGGUGGAGAUGGAGGAGAAAAUUAUAAACAUGCUGCUAUUCCAACUACGUUUUAUGAUGAUAAUGAGAUUGUAAAUAGUCGAGAAGAGGAAAGAACGGCAACCCCGCCCCCUUCUUUCGCUAGCAACGAUACUAGUAGCCAAAAUAACAAUUCGCACCCAGAUAAUGGUAUUAAUGUUGCGGAAUAUAACCGAGAAGCCGAAAAAUAUAAUCAGGAAAUAGUCGAAAAUAAUCCCACUAGUAAAAAAUUUGAAGAAUUGUGGAUGAAAGUAUUUGAUGGUGGUAAUGAACAUGCUUUGCAAAAUAUCGAAAACGGAACACUCUGA